AGGCUGGUUCUCGGAAGGCUCUGGAAGGGAUUGGGGGGGUCCAGCUGGAUCUCUGCCUCCCCUCCCCCCUUCCCACCUCAAAGCACCCCACACCUGCUGGCAGGAACAGCAGCCCCGUCCUCCCUGCAGGACAGGGGAGCCAUGGCCCAGCCCAGCUCCGCCAGCUACGUCCGCGAAUUCACCCGCCACUCCAGUGACAUCCUGGCCAACCUGAACGAGCUGCGGAAGCGACGGAUCCUGACCGACGUCACCUUGCAGGUGGGGGGCUGCCCCUUGCAAGCCCAUAAGGCUGUCCUGACAGCUUGCAGUGGCUUCUUUUAUUCGGUUUUCCUGGGCCACGGAGGCCACGAACUCAGCGUACUGACCCUCCCCAGUUCCAUCGAGCCGGUGGGCUUCCAAGCCCUCCUGGAUUUCAUGUACACCUCCCGCCUCCUGCUCAGCCCAGGCACGGCGCCCGCGGUGCUGGUCGCCGCCUCUUAUUUGCAGAUGGAACAUGUAGUCCAAAGUUGUCACCGUUUCCUCCAGGCCAG